UCCUCAUAUAUCCGUUACAAAUUUCCUUUUUCUUUCGAAUUUCAAAAUUCAAACGCCCAAUCACUCCAACAUUAAACCCACCAUAACGCCCCAACCUAAAACCCCAAACGUCCCCUAUUCUCUCUCUCUAGAUUACUACUAGUCUGUGUCUGCGGCUUGAUUGCUGUUUUCAGACAGUCGUUGCUGAAAUCACUACUCUCCAGAGUUCUGUUUAAUCUAUAUUCUUCAUCUGAACAGACUCAACAGAGAGGUUCAAGUUUAUAUAGUUUUGCUUUGUUCAAAAACCGAGGUUUAUUUCUCUAUCUAUCUAAUGGGUGCUUCAGGAAAGUGGAUUAAGUCAUUGAUUGGUCUCAAGAAGACUCAAACAUGUGACCUUGAAAAGAUGGGCCAUAAGGGUCGAAAAUGGAGUUUGUGGAGGAGUUCUUCAGGUGGACUCGCACUGUCGUCAAAGGGCAUGAAAGGAGGUCACGUGGCCAGAUCGGAGCGGUCUGAUUCUUCGUUUGUUGUUGAUGAGGCGUUCACUGCCGCCAUGGCUACUGUUGUUCGAGCUCCACCAAAGAAUUUCAUGGUGAUCAGACAAGAAUGGGCUGCGAUUCGUAUCCAAACAAUGUUUCGUGCCUUCCUGGCAAGACAGGCUUUUAGGGCCUUGAAAGCAGUGGUGAGACUGCAGGCUAUAUUUAGAGGCCGGAAGGUGAGAAAGCAAGCCGCAGUUACACUCAGGUGCAUGCAGGCUCUUGUCCGAGCUCAGGCUCGAGUCAGGGCUACGAGUGCUCAGGCAUCCUUGGAAGCACAGAAAUUACUUGAUGAACAGCGAAACCAAGCUGAUCCGAUUAAGCAGGCCGAGGGUGGAUGGUGUGAUAGUCCUGGUACAAUCGAUGAAGUGAAAACAAAGCUACAACUGAAGCAAGAAGGAGCCAUCAAGAGGGAGAGAGCAAUUUCAUACGCCCUCUCUCAACAGCAAUUGAGAUCAAAACUCAGCACAAAUUCUACAUCAAACAAGCUAGUGUCUUCUCGCAAGCUGGAUAAGGACAGCCCAGGAUGGAGCUGGUUAGAAGGUUGGAUGGCGCCUAAGCCAUGGGAAAGCAGGCUGCUUGAAGAAUUCAGCUCUGACCCAUCAGAGAUGACUCCAGUAUCUAAGAAAUAUGAAGAUUAUUCUGUCAGGUUUAGUUCAGAUUCUUCUGAACAGGACUCGGCAAAAGUUAGACGAAACAAUAUUUCAACCAGGGUAUCUGCAAAACCUCCAGUUACCGGCAAAAUCACUUGCUCGUCUUCUGACCCAUGUUCGGAAUUUCCAUAUGAUGAAAGCACCACCUCAUCAGCUUCAUCAGCAUCUGCGGGAACUCCCGGAUCUGGCAACACUCUAGUGGAAGGUAAUGCCAAUAAACCAAACUAUAUGAGUCUCACUAAGUCAAUCAAGGCUAAGCAGAGAGCCUGCAAUCAUCUAUCUAACAAUAUGCAGAGGCAUUUGAUGGAGAACCUUCAGUUCCAUAGGAAACAGAGUCCAUUUUGUAGUGGGGAUACAAGGAAGAGUGCUAGUUAUAAUUGUUAUUCAGUUGAUUUGUGCAAGGAUACAAGGAAGAGUGCUAGUUAUAAUUGUUAUUCAGUUGAUUUGUGCAAGGAUCUCUACCCACCAGUGCAAUUGGAUGGAUAUGAUGAUUGGGUAAAAAGUGGUCGGAACUGAAGGAGAUUCAUAGUUUGCUAUUAUGAGCACAAAGCUUGGGCUAUUUCCAUUGUUUUGCUUCCAUGGAAAUGGAAUUCAACAGCUUGUUGUC